AAUUUCUCGAAAUUUCAGCUAGCAAUUCGUGACGUCAUGAAUUCAUUGAAUCAAAAUGUCGUCCAACUCCGGCGUCAAGAUGAAGUCGAUUGAGGAAGAAAUGAGCAGGUUCGAGGAGGAGAUAAUGAGUCUAACACAGGACCCGACACCCAUCGGGGGAGCAGCGCCCAAUCGGGAAAGCAACCAGCAGAAGGGAUCAAGUUUCCAGUUCCAACCCAGGCAGAUGCAAAGACAAGGAGGAGGAGGGGUUCCCAGGGCCCCUGGUUUCCAACCCAGACAGAUGGCAAGGCCUGGUGGAAACAUGCCGCCAAGACCGAACAGACCGACAGGGGGGCACCAGGGUUUCGUACCCCACCAGGUACGCUCCAACCAGCGACCCCAGGGUCCCCCUCGGUUCCCCCACCUCCCUCCCCCUCCGCCCCCUCCCCCCAUGAACCCUGGAGGUCCAAUGGGGCCGAUGCACGGUGGCAUGGGUCCACGUCCACCUCCCCCCAAUAUGAUGGGGCCCCUCCCGCCCCCGCCCAUGCCCCCCUUUGCAAUGAUGCCCCCAGGCCCCCCUCCAGUGAACGUACGGAAGCCCGUGACUCUGUCUGCCAGGCCUACAACGUAUGCGUCAAAACCAGUGAUGAAUAAGAAACCUAAGAAGAAGCUCAAGAAAGAAAAAUCAACAGAGUCAAAGGAUCAACCAGCAGCUGAAGAUAAAGAAGUGAAGACGAUUGAUGAGCCUCCAGCAUUUCCAGCAGUUCCACCUGGCCCCCCUUCCAUGCCCCAUCCUACACCCAUGGAGCACAACAUGCCCACACGCUCCCCGAUGAGCCUGCCCCCACCCCCUGCUAUACCCCGAGCCUUCAUCCCCGUCCCCACCCCUGCAGACCUGUCUCAGAUCACCCAGGGCGGGGCCGGAGCGUAUGAGCUCGGCACAGGGUCGGAGCCUGCGAAGAAGAAGGAUAAGAAGAACAAGAAGCACAUCAGGGUCGCUGCUGGUACAACGUGGGAAGAUGAUACCCUGGCAGAGUGGGACCCAAAUGACUUCAGACUAUUUGCUGGUGAUCUUGGCAAUGAAGUUACAGAGGACACACUCACCAAGGUCUUUGGAUCUUACCCAAGCUACAUCAGAUGCAAGAUCAUCCGUGACAAGAGGACCAAUAAAACCAAAGGCUACGGCUUUGUGAGCUUCAAGGAUCCUAGAGACUUUGUUCAGGCCGUCAAGGAUUGGAAUGGUAAAUAUGUUGGAAAUCGUCCGAUCAAACUCCUCAAGAGCACAUGGAAGGAUCGAGACGUUAGCUCAGUCAAGAAGAAACAAAAAGAGAAGGAUAGGCUGGGACUUCGGUGAAGCAACUCAAAACACAAGAGACAUUUGAAUGAUGAGAACAGUUUUGGACGUGUUGAGAGGAUCUAUAGGUGCUUGAAACAAAAUGGCUACCGGUACCCGAUUGUUUUGGACUAGAAGGCCAGAGCUUGGGUUUCUGAAACUUUACAUCUCGCUCACUCUCACAAGUCACAAUAUUCAGGAAUGCCAGUUUGUUUUCGAGCUAUUGUUUGUACUCCCCGAUCUGUUGAAUAUAAUUCUGGAACGUGAAGUCAUGAAGCCCUCUACAUUGGUUUUGUUUAAUUUUGUUGCAGAAUUGGUUUACUGCCAUGUUUCUGGGAGAUCCUGGACCUCCUCGAUAACGUCUGACAAGUCCCAAACCGCCCAAUAUAUGACUUUGUUCAUUCCCCAAGACGAAAUUAAGAUGGAAUUAAAAGAAACAACACACUAUUCCGGUAAUCAUAAUAUCGACCCCUCUAAAUAUGUUUUCCUUAAAAUUUUCAUAUUGUUACUUCUGGUAAAGCAAAGAGAGAUUAAGAUGGCAUUUUUAUGUUUUUCUUUUAUGAGUCUUAUUUGAUACUUUGAAGAUGUUUUAUUGUAUAUGUCACCAUAACAAUUUUUGUUUUCAGUAAGGACAUUUAAAACACAACUUCUCUUAAAGAGGGGAGGGCUAUCGAGAUAUGAGAAUGCAUUGUCUAAAUUGUUCUUAAAGUUUGUGGAAGAGCUUUGAAUUAAAGGGGAAGUCUAUCUUAAUAAUAAGUUGGUUAGAAAUUAGAAACAAAAUUGAGAUGAUCCGGACAGUGAAAGUCGAGUUAAAUCCAAUUAAAAAUAUUACAGAAAGUUAUGAAUUCUUUUGUGAUCAAACACAAAUUGGCAACUCUGUGAUGUAUCUUGCGAGGUCACCUCCCAUUUGCUCUUUACUCAGAAUUCAGAAAAUGUUAUUUCCCCUAAAGAAAAAUUUUGAUAAUUGAUGAAGCCUAAAUGUUAUUAAAGCAAAUGUUUUAAGGCAACCCCUGUAUGAAAUUAAUCGAUUCCAUCAUCAAUCACUAUAAAGAAAAUGAAAGUUUAUGACAUUUUUUGUACAAAGCAAAUUGGAGCAGAGUAUCGCCUAUAAGCGUUUCACCAAUGAAAACUACAAAAACUCAUAACUUUCCUUCUUCUUUUUUCCCGGAUAUUGCUCAAGCUUUCACUUAUUUGUUUCUCUUGUUUUUCUGCUUUAAUUAAUACCAGAUAAUUAUCAGAGUGGACUUCCCCUUUUAGAUUAGUAUUGGACGUCAUUCUGAAAUGAUAAAAUCAUUGACUUAAUUUCAUGUUUAUUUGUACUUUAGCAUAAUUUCUCUUAAAGAAUGUGCAUGUUAUAGAUACAAUGUACAUAGAAAUUAAUAAACUUUCUGUUUUAUAUUUAAACAA